AUGAGAUUAUGGAUCGCUUCUUUGCUUUUCUAUACCUUUGUUUUUAUGGUUUGUGAAAUUAUGCGAUUUAUUGUCGAACGAAUAUUUAUCAGACGUCAGUACAACAAAGUUCGACGAUUUUUAUUAGAGUACAUUGGUACGUUGCAAACUUGUGCACCGAUGUUUGAUGUCAAUGUUAUUCUUGAAACCUACGGUCUUUUUGGUGUAUUUUUGGAAAUCAGUAUUUUGGAGAUGGCAAAUACCAUUUUCAUUCGGGAUGCUAUUGCACAUCCGUGUCCUUUGGUAACAAAUAAAAAGCCAAAUAGAAUGCAACGAGCUUUCACAUUUUUUAUUGCCGAACUUGCUGCUGGAUUUUCAGCAUAUUUUAUGGCUCGUACAUUUUGGAAACUUGGAAUUCAUCAAAAACAUCUAGAAUUACUGCAUUUGGAUAGGUGUGAUGCAGAUCUAACUGUAGCCAUAUUGAUCGGUUGCUUAAUUGAAGGUGUUGCAACUUUUAGCAGUAAAGCUGUUGAAUACUAUACAGAAUAUCAGAAUAUGGUAGCACCAAUGUUUCUAAACUGCUGCUUUUCUGGUUUUCUUACAGCGCUCGGUAUAAAAUAUACCGGCCUAUAUGCCAAUCCAAUUGUAGCUUGGUCUUGUACAUUUAAUUGUGAAGGACUUACGCAUCUUGGCCAUCUAACUGUAUACUGGUUAUCACCAAUUAUCGGAUGGCAUUUUGCUGAUGUGGUGUUCGGAAAUGCUGACUGUGAUCUUGAAGAUGAAACGGAUACCAAAACCGACUAG